GCCCACGUGUAGCCUCUGCCUGGCUCUUCCUGCUGCCUGUGGUCGGGACAUGCCGCUGCUGGGGACCUGUUGGGACCUGUGAGUAGUAGAGCGCCGAGGAGGGGGCGUGCGGGACUCCAGUGUCCCUGGCAUCUGCUCAGCAGGUGUGAUUAUGUGGGCUGCAUGCUGUAACUGGUUGUGUGUAGAUACUGAGCUUGAAGAGAACCAUCGGAGUGCAAGAACACAUGAGCGCCCCAACCAAACCAUCAGAACGUCUCCUCCAGUUUCAGAAGUUACCUGCAAAGCUUGUGGCACCAGACUACAAGGCACCGGUAGAAAAAACCCCUGCAUGGAUUGUAGGAAUAACUUCUGUGCAACAUGUCUUAUAAGAUUAAAUGAUGGCCUACCUCUUUGUCAGUUGUGCUUGAGGAUACGCUCCACUUCUUUUACCCGAGAGGAGUUACUUAAACUCAAAGUAAAAGAUCUUCGGGACUAUUUAUCAAUGAGAGGUGUACCCACAGACUUGUGCCGAGAGAAAGAAGACCUGGUACAGCUUGUAUUGACUCUAAGACCCGUUUCCUAUCCAGAUGUAUUGAACGUUCCAUCGUUUUCAUCUAAUCAGAACAGCCAAAUGACAGGUUCGAGUCAGAUCCGCACAGAACAAAACAUUCCAACGACAAACCGAGACCUAUCUUCAACUCCAGAAGAGGGGCCACAAGUACUUACAAAUGAGUCGCCUGAAGAUGAGGACGAGUCCACAGACUCGGAAGAGAUCCUUGUGCCUGGAAGGAGAGCAUCACUCUCAGACAUCGGCAGCGUGGAUGACAUUGAAUCCUUGUCUGUGCGCCAGUUAAAGGAAAUUUUAGCCAGAAACUUUGUGAAUUACAAGGGCUGUUGUGAAAAGUGGGAGCUAAUGGAACGUGUAACCAGAUUAUACCACGAGCAGAAGGAUCUUCAACAAAAAGUUACCAUGGGACAAGAAGAAGGCAAGUUUUGCCCUGCCGGUGAUGAAAACAUAUGCAAGGUCUGCAUGGAUUCCCCCAUCGACUGUGUCCUUCUCGAAUGUGGUCACAUGGUGACCUGCACAAAGUGUGGCAAGCGUAUGAGUGAAUGCCCAAUCUGCCGUCAGUAUGUAGUGAGGGCAGUACACGUCUUCCGAUCUUGAUACAGCAGCAAGUCGUUGAGUUAUCAUAUAUCAUAUCAAUCAAUCAAUACUGGAUGAAGCCAGAGUUAAUGGUUAAUGAAGCACCAAACCAAUCCUCAGUUUUGAAUGUUUUUUCCCCCCAGAAUUUCAGUAUGUGGCACAUGAACCUGGCAGUUCUCUGUCCAGUGUGUGUGCUGACCAAAAUGUAUGGUACAAGUUAAACAUGCAACUCCGAUUUCGACAUGAUCAAGUAGUUAGUGCCUUGACGCUAUUGCCUAAGCCAUUUGUUGUUUGCUGAGCUUUCUUAAAGAGGUUUUGUACCGGAAAUAUUUUUUGAUAGCCCAAAGUUGGAUACAAAUGCCCUUGACUGGAGAAUGCCACAUUUGCAAGGUCUUGUUUUUGGAUACAAGAAGUUACCAAACCUGUACUAUUUCUAUGCAGUUACCUUUCUUUUAAUUAGGGGAGUAAUGAGUCUAAUUCUCUUUUAAUUACUUAUUUUCACUUGUAUUUGCAAUGCAAGACGCAAUAUUCAUUAUUAUUUUUUUUUUUCAUAAUGGUAAAGCGCUUACCAUUUGUGGUGCUUUAUUAUAUCCACUUCAGAUCUUCUCUCCAAGAACUGUAUCUAUCGUUAACUCUUCAGUAGUAAGACCUUCCAGAAUGUGGACUCGACGGCUGAUCAAUCCUUACCUUCCUGUCCGAUGCUGCUUUACAUGUACUAUUAGGGAUGUUUCUUUACUAAGCACAAGGAAGAAAUUAUUUUUUAAACAAAUCUGAUAUUUUAAUAUUAUUAUGUUAAAAGCUGAUAAUUAUGUGAACAGAUUUUAAGAAUGUACAGAUUUGUAAAAGUGGUAAAGUGCCUUUUUACAUAAUCCAACCUGUAUAAUGCCCACCCUUGGAUAUGAGCCCCCUUGGCCACAAGGCCAUAAGCAAAAGAAUGCUCAAAUUGCACAUAAACUAGAAAAUAAGGCCAUUUAGAGGGGGGCUGUUUAAGCUAGGGGGACAUCAGGCACUGUAAGAAUCCAAGCAUUUCUUCAUAUAAAUCAUACAUAGCCAACGUCUUAUGUUGUGAAAGCUCAUACUGAGUACAAUAUUCCAACUGAUAUGGUUAUUGAACCUUUAUUAGCAAGGCAUGGACCAAUCUUGCCUUUCAUUGCAAGCACUGCUUUCCACAUGGACCACAAACAUCUUCAGUCGUCUUCUUAAAGGGCACCUUUCAACAGAUUUGUACCUAUGACACUGGCUGACCUGUUGCAUGUGCGCUUGGCAGCUGAAGGCAUCUGUGUUGGUCCCAGGUUCAUAUGUGCUUGCAAUGCUGAGAAAAAUGAUCCUCUUGGAGCAAAGGGGGCACUGCCAUUGCACCUAGAGGCUCAGUUCUCUGCAACUGCUGCACCCUUUCCACUUUGACAGGGCCAAGUAGGCAUGAUAACAUUUACACUACCUGGCUUUGUCAGCCAGUGUCAUAGGUACAAAUCUGCUAACAGAUAUUUUUAAGUCUUCUCUUAACCAAAUUUACAUACAUGAGCAAUAGGGGUGUUAUAUCUAAAGGGGUUUUCCAGAAAUGUAAUAUUGAUGACUUCUCUAGAGAUAAGUCGCUUCGUUAUAAUACGGUAUUGAGAUUUGUCUUCAUACAGUAUUAGAACGUAUGGGCUCUGAGAAGCCAAAGUAAGU